CGAACCGCAGCUUUCUCAGAAAAGGUUUCUCUGUUAAAGUGGGAAAAUAUCCUCAGCACAAGGGCCUGACGCUGUUUGAAAUUUGAAUGGAUUCUGGUGCAGACACUUGGCUUCUCUCCUCCGAUAUAGUAAACGGCGUCGUUGACUACAGAGGCCAACCGGUGGUCAGAUCAAAGUCCGGCAAAUGGAAAUCCGCUUGGUUCAUCAUAGGUGUGGAAGUUGGGGAGAGAUUUGCGUACUAUGGAAUAUUAUCGAACCUCAUCACCUACUUGACCGGUCCUCUCCAUCAAAGCACUGCCUCAGCUGCUGAGACCGUCAACGUUUGGGUCGGAACGAUGUCGUUGCUCCCUCUCCUCGGAGCCUUUAUUGCUGACUCUUGUCUCGGUCGCUACCGCACUAUCAUCAUCGCUUCCAUUCUGUACACUUUGGGGCUGGGGUUAUUGGCAUUGUCAGUUAUGCUUCCUUCUAUGACCAAUUCUGAAUCAGAUUCUUCUCAAAUGCAAGUGACAUUGUUCUUUAUUGCGCUUUACCUAGUAAACAUUGGACAAGGAGGACAUAAGCCUUGUGUUCAAGCUUUCGGGGCUGAUCAAUUUGAUGAACACCAUCCUGAAGAACGCGGAGCCAGAAGCUCGUUCUUUACUUGGUGGUAUUGCACCAUGUGUGCAGGCAUCUUGGUCGCUCUUUUAACCUUGAACUAUAUACAGGAAAACAUUAGUUGGGUCCUAGGAUUUGGAAUCCCUUGUCUUGCAAUGAUCAUUGCAUUGAUUGUUUUCUUGCUUGGAACUAAGACUUACAGGUUUACCGUUGAAGGGCAUGACAAGAGUCCCUUUCUGAGAAUUGGCCGUGUUUUUGCUGCAGCCUUAAGAAAUCGGCGAAAAUCUUUGUCAGAUGUUGUGAUUGAUGAGGAAUCUUGUGCUCACAAAGCUCAUCGAUGUUCUAAGCAAUUUAUAUUUCUCCACAAAGCAUUGCUUGGACCAGCUGAAGAAGCUUGUAGCCUCAACGAGGUAGAAGAAGCAAAGGCCAUACUUAGGCUUAUCCCAAUUUGGGCUACAAGUUUAAUCUUUGGCAUUGUCUUUGCUCAAGUUCCUACUUUCUUCACCAAGCAAGGGGCUACUAUGAACAGAACCAUAUUUACAGGCUUCGAUAUACCUGCCGCUACUCUCCAAUCUCUUGUCUACAUGGGCAUUGUUGUUUUUAGUCCCAUUUAUGACCGCAUAUUCGUGCCAUUCGCAAAAUCCAUCACUAGAAAACCUUCAGGCAUCACGAUGCUGCAAAGAAUUGGAGCUGGGAUAUUUGUCUCCUUAAUUACAGUAGUACUAGCUGCUCUUGUUGAGGCAAAAAGGCUAGCAACAGCAAAAGAGUAUGGUCUUGUUGAUGAGCCGAACACAACAGUUCCAAUGAGUGUGUCAUGGUUGAUUCCUCAGUACUUGUUGUUUGGAAUAGCCGAGGUUUUCACCAUGGUUGGUCUUCAAGAAUUCUUCUAUGAUCAGGUUCCGAAUGAACUAAGAAGCAUGGGCCUUGCUCUCUACUUGAGUAUAUUUGGUGUGGGAAACUUCUUGAGCAGUUUUCUGAUCUCUGUGAUAGAGCAAGUAACAGGUAAAGGUGGGCAAAGUAGUAGUUGGUUUGCUAAUAAUCUCAACCAGGCACAUCUUGAUUACUUUUACUGGUUACUUGCUGUGCUUAGCAUGAUGGGAUUAUCUUUAUUCAUUCUCUCUGCGAAAUCUUACAUAUAUUUUGAGAAAGGAAGGACCUCGGGACAAGGAUAGUUUUUUUUUCUUUCUUUUGUCAUUUUAGGAUGUAGAUAGAGUGAUAGACAAAAGUAAUAUGUUAAGGCGUGUACAUUAUUGUAUAGAACUGAAGCUUCAGGAACAUGGAAAAUGCUUUGUUUCUAAUUACGCCAAUUCUUUUAGUUUUUAUAUUGAUAAUUUUAAUAACAGUUCAAAUUUAAAUUUUUAAUAUGUAUGUUUUGUUGUUCAACAUUAGAUGCUGGGUUAAAGAUGAAAUUAAAUGAAUUGAAGUAUUCUUGGUUUA